AGAGGGAGGGAACAAGAAGAGAGAGGGAGGUAUAAUUACAGUGAGAGGAGCGGACGGAUCGCGGGAGAACGACAGAGUGAGGAGUGGAGAGGAGAGGAGAGCGAGGACUAACCCGAGCGGGAGCGUGGCGCCACCCAGGGGCAUCACUCACGGCGACGGCCCGCCGAAAACUUCCCGGGAACACUUGGCUCCACUCCACACACCUUCCCCAGCACUCCUCUCACAGCAGGAUCUCACUGUGCUCCAUCUGACACACACACACACACACACACACGUGCACACACAUUCAUGCGCUCAUAUUCAGCCACAGACACACACCGCUAGGGUGUUUCCCAGCAGGAGGCCGUAGUGCUGCUGCACUUCCCUCUUUCUAUGUAAGUUUGUGCUCUGUGGUGCGCCUCCUCCGUCAGGAUGUCUCCGGAAGCUCUGCUCGGUGGAAUGCUACUGCUCUUCUCGGGGAUUCGGGCCAGCACCUGUGAGCCGUCCGCGGCCGGUCCGGCGGAGGGCGUCGACGGGCCCCCGGCUGCACCCGCCACCGACUGCUCGUCUUGCGCGCUGCCCCGGUUCGAGGAGGGCCCGUCGGGCGGCCUGCCUGAUGUGGUGGAGGCCGUGAAGAAGCACAUCCUGAGCGCGCUUCGCCUCGAGGAGCGGCCCAACAUCACGCAGCCGGUGCCGCGCGCCGCCCUGCUCAACGCGAUCCGCAAGCUGCAUGUGGGCCGCGUGGCCGCCGACGGCAGCGUCGAGAUUGAGGACGAGGGCCGAAACCAGGUGGAGAUACAGGAGCUGGCCGAUCAGACGUCCGAGGUCAUCACGUUCUCAGAAGCCGGCGAGUCUCCAGACACAAUCAGUUUCCCUGUUUCCAGGGAAGGCAGUGAAAUAUCCAUCGUGGAGCAGGCCAACAUGUGGCUGUUCCUCAAACUGGCCAAAACAAACCGCAGCCGAGCCCGAGUGACCAUCCGGCUGUUGCGGCAGAAGCAGCAGCGACCACUUAGCCUGGGGGUGGGGGAAGAUGCUGAGGAGGCGGUGGAGGAGGCCGUUACGGAGAAGACGGUGGACACGCGGCGCAGCGGCUGGCACACGUUGCCCGUGUCUGGAAUCAUACAGGACGUACUGGACAGAGGAGGCGAGACCUUGCGCCUGCGGGCAGCUUGCGAUGGGUGUGCCGAAGCCGGGGCGACGCUCCUGUUGGCCGUGGGCUCCGAGCGCGGCCAGUCCCAUCGACCUUUUCUAAUGUCCGUCGUGCGGCGGGUCAGCGGUCAGAGCCACCUGCGGCGUCGGCGGGGCCUGGAGUGCGACGGCAAGAUCAGGGUCUGCUGCAAGAAGCACUUCUACGUCAACUUCAAGGACAUCGGUUGGAGCGACUGGAUCAUCGCACCGCCUGGCUACCAUGCCAACUACUGUGAGGGCGACUGCCCCAGCCACGUGGCCAGCAUCAUGGGCUCCUCGCUCUCGUUCCACUCCACGGUGCUCAACCACUACCGCAUGCGUGGUUACAGCCCGUUCAGCGGCAUCAAGUCCUGCUGCGUCCCGACGCGCCUGAGGGCCAUGUCCAUGCUCUACUAUAACGAGGAGCAGAAGAUCGUCAAGAAGGACAUCCAGAACAUGAUCGUGGAGGAGUGCGGCUGCUCCUAGACCGCACGCCACGUGCAUAACGCUCUAUGAGAAACUGCUUGUGAGACUGAGGCGAGGAAAAAAUAACGAGACGUAAGGAGAGCGGGUGAAACGCUUCCCUGUUUUCUCUGGAGAAGAAAGCCUAUUUAUUUCUCGUUUUCUUUUGAAGACUCCAUGGCGCGACACUGAUUUGCACGCAAUCAUCGGCAAAUCUAACGGAUAUCGGCGGCUCGGAGCGCUCUCUGAGGCACUUUUAAAAAAAAUCUAUAUACAUAUAAUAUAUUUUUGUUACGAAAUAGAAGGAGCGGAGAGGGAUAGUGUGUAUAUUUAUGGCUGAACUUGCAGUGCGGCCUUUUUUUUCUGCACCUCAAUAAAAGUGAUACCUGUUGAUAAGGUGCCUAAGGAGAAUCUCAAAACUAUGCAAGAUGUCAAUUAUCACGGUUUGAUUUUCUGCUAGUUUUCCCUUUUUUUUUUUUUGUUUUCCUUUUGUUUUUCAAUUGUUUACUUUUCUAACACAACGAGAACGCUGUUUUUGAUACUUUUUUUCGAUGUUAAUUUCUGUCUUUGCUGUUGGAAGAUACUUGAAAGAAACAAGUUUGACCAGCUGCUGGAGCCAAACAGUUGUCUAUAUAAUUAUUCUAAUUACGUUAUUAUUAUUGAUAAUAUUAUUGCCAUCGUGUUUCUUAUUGUCUCAUGUUUUUGACUUGUUUUGUAUAAAAACAAUGCGUGUUUACAGUUUGCACUAUACCAUCAUUUUAGCCUGGCCACAGUUAUAACGUGUGUUGGUGUUUGGGGGAAUUGCACUUAAGAAUGGAUUAAUUUGCAGAGCAUAUAAGUGAAGUAAAAGCCAAGAGCGAGGAUAUUUAUACAUGUGUAUGUAUACAAAACAGACUUUAUCUGAGAGAACACCAAAGAGGUUGUGUGACGCGUGGUGGUUUUUCGGUGAAAAACGAAGUUCAUGACCAUGUUGGGUUCAGUGAAGGAGUUGCUGGGGACCCUCACACCCACAACCAUUUCUACUGGGUUUCUUCAUUGCUUUUUACACCCAGUCAAGCAAACCUGCAUUUUUGCACCAUCACUAUGUUCAAGAGCAGGUCACUGUUGAAAGAAAAAAAUUCACUCACGGUCAACACUGCGAGGGCGUGUAAAAAAAAAAAAAAUGUUGCUGUUACACAAGAAAAUUUAAAAAAUAAAAGUAAUAAUUUGGAGCACUCCACAUCUGAAAGGAAGGAGGGAGGGAUGGAAGGUAAUUCUUACAGUGACAUGAACAAAUGUUGGAAGGCCCAUCUACCAGCCCUCAGUAUUUGUUCUUCAUGUUAAGUGUUGUUGUUUCCUGCUUAUUGCAUUCGACACUGUACCACUGUGCAAUGUGUGACAUUAAGUAAGUACAAUAUUUUACGUAUAAAGUUUGCUUUUGCAUUAUAGGCUGAAAAAACAGUUGUAUGCUGUCAGAAUGUUCCUGAAAUAGA